AUGGAUGAAACCAACAAGCAGCGUAAGCGUAAGCAGCGGCGUCAGCGCCAAAAAGCCAAUAAACGUGCUGUCCGCGCCGCCCAGCAGGCCGAAGGGCCCGAGCACAAGGCGGCCCGGAUCGCGCAGCUCAAGCGGGAGCUCCGGGCUGCCGAGAUGGACGCGGCCCGUGCCAACGCUGCGAUUGCUCAUCUGGUAGUGGCAGAGAAGAAAGAGCAGCUUCGUGCUGCUUUGAAAGGGAGCCCUGCGCCCAAAACCCCCCAGAAGGGCCCCGCAGCCCCCGAGCCCCCUGCCCCCGAGCCCCCUGCUGCCGGUGACGCGCCGCCCGCCGGUCCUGUGGUGACCCCCGCCCGUGCUGCCACUCCCCCCCGCCCGGCCGAUGCCUCCCUGUUUGGCCGGGUGGCCCCCCGCCCCUGUAUCCCCCUUCAACGUGCCGGCCAGUAA